UAAUAUUUUGCUUCAAACUUACUUGACUUGGUCUAAAAUCUUAAAAUCUGCAGAAUCGCAUGGUGGCGCUGCAGGAUAAGAUGGCGAAAUAUUUGCAGCAUAGCAGAUGCUCUAGUUUCCUUUAAUCAGUGGAACUGAGAACACCGGAGGAAGCACACAAAAAAAGAGGCUUUCAAGAGAAAGGUAGGGAGCCAGUAACAACCUCCUGGUAGAAUUACAAUUCUUUAGAUUUCUAAGGACCUGAGCUGAUAGAGGACCAAUUCCUAGAGCUGUCUGAGAUUGAGUUGAAGUGUUUCCACAGAAAGACGUUUGGCUAAGGAGCCAUGGAGCUGCUAGAGGGGAGCGCUCCGCAGAUAAGGCAAGUGCUGCUCUUUGUUUUCCUGGGAGGAUCUCUGGCCGGUUCUGAGACCUGGCGCUAUUCCGUGGCAGAGGAAACUGAGAUCGGUUCCUUUAUAGCCAAUGUGGUGAAAGAUGUGGGUUUGGGUGUGGAAGACCUGGCUACGCGGGGGGCUAGAGUCAUCUUUGAUGACUAUAAACCGCAUUUGCGGUUGGAUCUGCAAACAGGCAACUUGCUCCUAAAUGAGCAACUGGACCGGGAGGCACUUUGCGAUAUCACCGAGCCAUGUAUAUUGCAUUUCCAGGUGUUAUUUGAAAAUCCUUUGCAAUUUUUUCGGGGUGAGCUUUGGGUGAAAGACAUAAAUGAUCACAUUCCCACGUUCUUAGAUAGACAUAUACUUCUGAAAAUCUCAGAAGGUACUGCUCCAGGAACCUCCUUCCAAAUGGAAAGUGCUCAGGAUUUGGAUGUAGGAAAGAAUGGUGUCCAAAAUUAUACACUGAGUCCCAAUUCCUAUUUCCAUCUUAAAUUACAAGAUAAUGAUGAGGGUAGACAAUAUCCAGAGCUUGUACUUGUCCAACCUCUGGAUCGAGAAAAGGAGCCUGAACUUAGUUUAACGCUAUCUGCUGUGGAUGGUGGGUCUCCGCCCAGGUCUGGGACUGCAGUAAUUCGCAUUAUGGUCCUCGAUCUUAAUGACAACGCCCCAGAGUUUGAGCAGCCGGUCUAUGAAGUUCAAGUACCGGAGAACAGCCCUUUGGACUCCUUGGUCGUCACCGUGUCUGCUACAGAUUUAGAUGAGGGAACAAAUGGAGACUUAUCCUACUCAUUUUCCCACGCCCCCAGAGAUGUAAGAAAAACAUUUGAAAUUCAUCCAAUUUCUGGAGAAGUCCAUUUGAAAGCACUUCUAGAUUUCGAAUUAAUUCGGUCUUAUACAAUAAAUAUCCAGGCCACAGACGGUGGGGGCCUUUCUGGAAAAUCAUCCAUUCUAGUUCGAGUUGUAGAUGUGAACGACAACCCUCCUGAAAUAACUAUGACAUCCCUUACCAGCCCCAUACCGGAAAACUCGUCACCUGAAAUGGUGGUCGCUGUUUUCAGUGUGCGCGACAAAGACACCGGGAACAAUGGGAAGACUGAAUGCUCAAUUCAGGACAAUCUCCCCUUUCUCCUAAGGCCUACCUUCAAGAAUUUCUACACCCUACUAACAGAGUACCCACUGGACAGAGAGAAGAGAGCCGAGUAUAAUGUUACCAUCACUGUUAGUGACUUUGGUUCACCCAGGCUGAAAACCGAGCACAACAUAACCGUGCGGGUCGCCGACGUCAACGACAACGCGCCCAUCUUCAACCAAACCUCCUACACCCUGUUCGUCCGCGAAAACAACAGCCCCGCCCUGCACAUCGGCAGCGUCAGCGCCACUGACAGAGACUCGGGCACCAACGCCCAAGUCACCUACUCGCUGCUGCCGCCCCAGGACGCGCACCUGCCCCUCGCCUCCUUGAUCUCCAUCAACGCCGACAACGGGCACCUGUUCGCGCUCAGGGCCCUGGAUUACGAGGCCCUGCAAGCGUUCGAGUUCCGCGUGGGCGCGGCCGACGCGGGCUCCCCGGCGCUGAGCAGCGAGGCGCUGGUGCGCGUGGUGGUCGUGGACGACAACGACAACUCGCCCUUCGUGCUGUACCCGCUGCAGAACGGCUCUGCGCCCUGCACAGAGCUGGUGCCCAGGGCGGCCGAGGCGGGCUACCUGGUGACCAAGGUGGUGGCGGUGGACGGCGACUCGGGCCAGAACGCCUGGCUGUCCUACCAGCUGCUCAAGGCCACGGAGCCCGGGCUGUUCGGCGUGUGGGCGCACAACGGCGAGGUGCGCACCGCCAGGCUGCUGAGCGACCGCGACGCGCCCAAGCACAGGCUCGUCGUGCUGGUCAAGGACAACGGCGAGCCGCCGCUCUCGGCCAGCGUCACGCUGCACGUGCUGCUGGUGGACGGCUUCUCCCAGCCCUACCUGCCGCUCCCGGAGGCGGCCCCGGACGAGGCCCAGGCCGACUCGCUCACCGUCUACUUGGUCAUUGCCUUGGCCUCGGUCUCGUCGCUCUUCCUGUUCUCGGUGCUGCUGUUCAUCGCGGUGCGGCUGUGCGGGAGGCGCAGGGCGGCCUCGGUGUCUGAGGGCCACUUUCCGGGCCGCUUGUUGGACGUGAGCGGCACCGGGACCCUGUCCCAGAGCUACCAGUACGAGGUGUGUCUCAUGGGAAACUCUGGGACCAGCGAGUUCAAAUUCCUGAAGCCAAUUAUCCCCAAUCUCGCACCCCAGGGCACUGAAAGGGAAAUGGAGGGAAAUUCCAGCUUUCUGAAUGGCUUUGGGUUUAAUUAGCGAUCUGAUUCUGAUGUAGAACUUUGAAAUUUUCUUUGAAAUUUUAUUGAUUGUAAUGUAAGGUUCUUCAUUUUUGGUAAUGUCAUCUUAAGAGUUUUCAAAACUUCAAUUAUUUGUCUUUAUUUUUUGCUCUUCUUUAUAUUUACUGUGAAAAAAUUAAGGGAGCUAGGAUUUGCUUUGUCUUUGGUCCAAAACACAACCUCAAAUAAUUUAGUCAAACUUACAGCAUUUUCCCUUCAAACUUAAUUGUACCUUGACCCAGUCAUGUUCUCUGGGUGUUCUAAUCCCUGGAUCCUCCUGCCAAAACAGUUUCUAUGUUUUAUAUUAUUAUAGAGAAAAUGCCUGACAUGAAUAAAAACAUAAUUGCUUUGUUAUCUGGCUAGGUUGGCUUUUAAAAUGUUAACAAUUUAGAUUGGGCUUUAAUUUUUUCUUUUUUAGUAUAACCAAUCUUCCCAUUCUACUUUUCUACCAAAUACUGC